AUGUCUGUUCACUCCGAGACCGUGAGCCUUGAGACCGUCCGCCGUGGGGAGAUAGAAACCCUUGACGAAGCCUCGAGCCGGCCUAGCCUCGCUGUAGACAAAGGGUUGUCUGCUUGGCUCUUCAUACUUGCGUCGUUUGUUGCUGAAGCCGUUCUCUGGGGCUUCCCGCUGUCACAUGGCGUCUUUCAAGACUACUACUCAAAACACCCUGCCCUCAAACAUAAUUCAAAUAUUGCCGUCAUUGGAACCGUUACCACCAGUGUCUACUACCUCGGUGGACCACUCGCAACGCCCUUGGCAGCACGAUUCCAGGCAUGGCAACGAUACAUGAUCAUUAUUGGCUGGUUGGGAUGCGCCUUAUCCCUUCUGGCCGCCUCUUUUUCGACUUCAGUGCCUGCACUCAUCGCAACCCAGGGGUUCCUCUACGGUCUUGCCUUUGUAUUCGUCAACUAUCCACUUCUUCGAAUGCUCAAUGAGUGGUUUAUCGAACGCAGAGGUCUUGCAUACGGAAUCAUGUCGACCGGUGCUGGGUGUAGUGGUGUUGGCUUGCCGUUCCUUCUUGAGUCGCUCCUUGCAAAAUAUGGGUAUCAGACGACGUUACGCGCCAUGGCUGUGGCACAAUUUGUCACCUUGCUUCCCAUGAUCCCUUUCAUCAAAGGACGGCUUCCUGCCUCGAGGCGGGGCACGCUAAAGAAAGGCGAUUUAAAAUUCUUCAAAAGGCCGCUGUUCUAUUGCUUUGCCAUGGCCAACUUCCUCGAAGCUCUCGGACACUACAUCCCCGCUCUCUAUCAACCGACAUACGCAACAUCGUUGGGCUUCUCGGGGACGAUGGGUGCGCUGAUUCUAGCGGCGAACAAUCUAGCCACGACUUUUGGUCAGCUGGCCCUCGGCUACAUCACAGACCGCGUCAACAACGUGCUCGUUCUCGUCUUCGCCUCCUCAUUUGUUGCUGCAGUUGCGACCUUUGCCAUCUGGGGCUUUGCCUCGUCCCUUGCACCUUUACUUUCCUUCUCAGUGGUGUUCGGACUGGCGACGGGCGGGUUUCCUUGUCUAUGGAACAAGUUCGGAUCGGCCCUCUCAGAAGACCCGGGGCACGUGUACAGUUUCAUGGCCUUUGGUAAAGGUGUCGGCAAUAUUCUGACGGGCCCGAUCUCUGCAUCGCUGGUGAUGGGACCUUUGACACGUGGAGAGGGAUGUGAAGACCAAGUCGGGAAAGAGGAGUGUCCGCUGGAGAAGCAGCAACCACGGCAGCAGCAGUUAGCUGUGUUCGAUGCCGACGAUGACUUGGAAGAAGAAGACCUCUUCGAUGAAGCAGAGUCUUUGAGUUCGGACUCAUCGGCAAAAUCAAGAGUUUGGGAGAGCGAACACGAAAAUGGUCGCACCUACCACUCCGUCAGCGCCGGAAAGUACCAAUAUCCGAACGACCAAUGGGAAAAUGACCGGCUAACGAAGCGUGUUCUGGACAUGGGCACUGGGACGGGCGUGUGGGCCAUAGCUUUUGCGAACGAAUUUAAGGAUGCCGAGGUCAUUGGUGUUGACUUGAGUCCCAUUCAACCUUCGUGGUACAACCUCUCGUUUUGUUUUGUUUUCAUACGAUCUAAUGGAUCAAACAGGGCUCCUCCUAACUGCAAAUUUGAGAUUGACGACUUGGAAAAGCCGUGGGCCUGGCAUGAGCCAUUCGACUUCAUCUUCUGCCGGACAAUGGAAGGAUCGUUUGCUGAUCCGAAGCUGAUUAUUCAAGAGAUAUACGACAAUCUGACACCUGGUGGUUGGUUCGAAGCCGGUGGUUUCGUCCUUCCAAUGGGCUGUGAUGACGGCAGCGUUCCCGAAGAAUCGGCACUGCGAAGAUGGCAUGACCUGAUGGCGCAAGCAGGCGAGCAGUGUGGACGUUCGAUCGAGAGUCCAUCGAAGUACACCAAAGCCAUCGAGGACGCCGGAUUCGUUGACAUUGUAACCGAGAAAUUCAUCUGGCCCUUGAACACGUGGCCCAAAGACAAGAGGUUCAAAGAAAUUGGGAGGUGGAUGGUUCUCAAUCUCGACAUGGGCAUAGAGGCACUGACUUUGGGUCUUCUUACGCGCGUCAUGGGUUGGACAAGGGAAGAGGUCUUAAAAUUGUGCGAUGACGUUCGGAAAGACUUGGCAAAGACGUGGUACCACGCAUAUUGGAAUGUGCAUGUUGUAUAUGCUCGGAAACCACUACAGAUCGCGAAUGACGAAGAAAGUCAGGGGGAGGCAAGUUCGAGUCCUCCACUUGAAUCAGCCGAAUCGCCUGAGCCGUCAAAAUCACCAGGAUCGCCUAAAUCACCAGAGUCACCCAAGUCAUCAGGAUCAUCCCAUUCGCCUCCGAGAAAACGGCAGAAAGGUCGUCAGGCUUCUCCAGACCCGUGA